UUUUGGAACUAACGUUUGUUUCCUGGGAAAAAGGUUCAAUGCCAGCUUUGAAAAAGGUGGUAUUAUUUUGGUAGGGUGGGUUUCUGAAAACGGGUUAUGUUUGGUUGUGGAUGAAACAGAAGGAAGAAGCAAGAGGAAUGACUUUUCUGGUUCUGAAGGGCUUGGUAUUAUAAAACUCUCUGCUUUGUGGGGACUCAGGCUUUGUCUCUCUCGCACAUGCAUUCGCCAACUUCGAGGCUUCGAGGUUGUGAAACGUUGAUGGAAAUCAAAAUUGCCUUCACUGUCUCCGAGAGAGAAACAGUACCUAUUUUUUCUCGCGGAGAUUACCCAAAUUAAUAUCACCCACCACAGGUAUGAUCUCCAUGAUGAUGAUGAAGAAGCAGCAGUUCUUUAAAGAGACGAAUGCAAGUUCACUCCUUUAAUCUUGCCCUUUCUGAAAGUUUUCAACUUUUUGCUGAGAAUAGUCAUGGAGAAAGAAGGCAAUAUUCCACAACAAAGCCACUCAAGUCUUUGUUCAUGUUUAGGUUCAUUAGUACUCUCGACUAUUCUGGUUUUGUUCUUUCUUUUUUCUCUCUUCCUUUUCUUCCCACUUUCUGAAUCUUCUUGGCCCGUUCUUCUCACUAUACCUAUCGUUCUUCUAUCCACACUUUUUCUUGUUGUCACACUGAGAAAGAACAAAGGGUCUGAAGAUGAAAGGCUUGCUCAGGAGGAGAUGCAGAAAGAAGAGUUACGGACAGAACUUGCUCUGAUUAAUGAGCAAGAAGCUGAAUCUCAGUCAGAUUCAUCUUUCCCAUCUGAUAGUGAAAGUACCAAUGGGUCAGCCAUGGAUGAAAAGUUUGAGCAAAAUGCUGAGAAUACAUCACUUCCAUCAGAUGCUGAAACUGAAAGCAUCAAUGGUGAAACUGAUGAAAGUCUUGAGCUUGAUCAGAAUAGUACUGGAGUUCUGGGAAUCUAUGAAAGCUUAGCCUCUGACAAUGAAGGAGAAGAAGAUGACGACGACGACUUGAUUGAAAUCAACCUUCCGAGCAGCCAUUUCUUGAGUAAAGAACUUAGCCAGAGAUUAGAAUCAAAGCUGCCAGAUUUUCUACCAGAAGCCAUGUUCAAGGAGGAAGGUCUGAUGGAGCUAUUAGCAGAGAUUAAUGAGAUGAAUGAAGAUGAAAAUUUGAUAGAGAUUGAUAUUUCCAUGGGAUCAUCCAACACAGCCACAUAUCAAGAUUUGAGGUUAAAGCAGGAAAUGCCAUUCUCGGCAGAUCGGUACAGUGUUGUUACUGAUCAAUGAUGAUUCCUUCACUUCUUCAAGCUCUUCAGCUUCCAUUUUCAUGUUCAGGUUUUAGUUUUAAAUUUUCCUACUUGAUAAUGUCAUGUAAAAUUUUGUGCUUUCUAUCACAGGCCCUCGUAAUAACUAUAGCACCUUAAUUUUA